CCACGACUUUUGCACCACUCAGCAACCGCAGUAUUUCCGAACGAGCUGCAUCAUCCCAUUGCGUCGUUUGCAAGCUCGCUGGCUCGACCCCCCGACCACACCGCGGCAGAGGCGCAUGUCGAUCAGACCACCACGUAUAUUGAGCCGACGGUGAAGACGGCAGAGCUAGAUUGAACACCGUGACGUUCUCGCCACACACUUGCCGCCUGUCGGCACUUGGGAGGACAUCGCGCGGAUGAGCUGGCAGCAGGUCUCCGCCAUGGGAGCAGGCAACGGAGUCGGAGGGGGCAACAAUGCCGCCGGUCAGGAGAUGGGUGCCGUGCCGGGCAAUGGCUCCGGUCAGCCCCAGGCCACCGAGUACACAUUACAAGGCGUUAUGCGCUUCCUCCAAACGGAGUGGCAUCGGCACGAACGUGAUAGGAAUGCCUGGGAGAUCGAGAGGCAGGAGAUGAAGGGCAGGAUAGCCGCUCUCGAGGGUUCUGCACGCAGAGGGGAUGCCACCCAGAAGGCUUUGCGGCGCUAUGUCAACAUUCUCGAAAAGAAGGUCAAGGAUCAGGCACAGCAGCUGAAAGUGGGCAAAGUCCACGACACGACCGAGGGCGAGCAUGCCGUCAAACACCCACCCAUCGUCCACAGACAGGCCUUGAUUGCUGAGAAACUUAAGUCAUCAAGCGAUAAGCCGAAAGACGCGAUGCCUGGUCUCGAGGGUCUCGUGGGCGAACGGGUCCAAGAGGACGAGGAACGUGACAACCUCAAGGCCUUCCUGGACCAAUGUCAAGCCGAGUUUACCUACCUGAUGAUCACUCCCGCCAACCCCAUGCCGCCCAGGGAAUCCCCGCCGCUGCCCCUGAUGGAAGACAUGCGAGAAGGCGACUUUGGCAUGCCUGCUGGCUUGCAACCUCUGGACGCGGCCUUCCAAGCCCUGCGCCUGAGCCAGAACCACGUCAAGGAUCUCGCCUCGAGACCCCAGUCGAAUGCGAACCACCACGGUAGCCCGAUGCAACAGCAGCAGCAGCAGCAGCCACAGCAGCCACAGCAGAACAACAACUUUUUGAACAAAAACACCCAGGAUAUACCGUCCGCGUCCAUAGUGCGGUCUGGUGAAAAUGCUACUGCCCUCUACUCGAAUCCCACCGACUGGCCCCCCUCGGUUGGCGUUGCCGUCACCAACCAUGAAGAACCUGCAUUGAAACCGAACCACAACAACCCUGACCCCCCCCGCUCAGUCAACGCCGAAGGAACUGUCGAGAAGCGCGCCUCGACCGAAGCAGAUGGAUGGGAUUUCAGCGAGGGCAGCUUCGCCGACCCUGCACCCAACGCACAGUCUCUCCCGCAUGUCCCCUCGCACCGCCCAGAUACAGACGCCUUUCCUGCUGCCGAAUCCCUUCCAAAAUCUCCUAAUCGCAGCCCCAAUGCACACAGAAGAAAGAGCUCCAUAUCACGUCGCCGGAGUACCGAGCCGGAACUGUCGCUUAAUUCGCUGUCAGUAUCGCAGAAACCCGAGAGCGGCAUGUUCAAACUGCGUUACGGGUUGCGUGGCCAUCUGAACACGGUCCGCACUGUCAUCUUCUCGGGUGGAGGCAGCCCGGGCGAACCCGAGAUAUGCACCGCCGGCGACGACGGUUUGGUCAAGCGCUUCCAUAUACCACGCGACAGUCCUGCCGGCCACCUCAACUCUGCCUCGGACCUCGACGUCAGCGCCGAUUUCACCCACCGCGGUCACACGGGCGCCGUCCUGUGUCUUGCUUCGUGGUCUCCGUCGCCCAACUUCUCCACCGGCGGUCGUGCACAAGGGGACGGAUGGAUUUUCUCCGGGGGCCAAGACGCAUCCAUCCGGGUCUGGGAACGAGGUAGGGUCGACCCCAAGGCCACCAUCGACGGCCAUACCGAUGCCGUAUGGGCUGUCUGCGUUCUGCCCGCCACGCUAGGUGCUAUUUUCGGUCAGGUGAAUAACUACGGAACCCCUGAUCGUAUUCUCCUCGUAUCUGGCGCGGCCGAUGGCGCAGUCAACGUAUGGGCCGUCAGUGCACCUCCGCAGUUGAGCUCACCCCAACCCGCACCGGGGGCAUUGGGUAGCAGGAGGGGCGGCAGUGGGCGCGUACGUGGAAACUCCAUGUCGUCAGGGUCGCAGUUCCCCAACUCACCGCAGCCAAACAUGACACCGUCCGGUUCCAAGCCGUUCCACUCGACGCUUAUUCACAACAUCACACGCUCAGAUUCAAAUGGGGAGAAACUGUCAGCUAGCCCAACGUGCAUCACCCCCUUGGGGGCAAAUGGCGAGGCAUUCGUCGUCAGUUACGCUGAUGCCAGUAUUGUAGUGUUCGACACUCGGACUGGCGAGCAGGUUGGCAGCAUGGCGAGCCUUGAGACCUACGAUGGUACACCGGCAACGGGUGUGAAUGCUGUUGUGGCGACGACUUCUGGCCUCGAGCAGGCUUCCGGUGGAAACUUGAGCGACCAAGACGAGGGAGGGGGACCGACCGGUGGGGGGAGUGGCAGCGCAGGAAGUGGCGUCGAGGGUGUCAUCAUUAGUGGGCAUGAGGACCGUUUCGUGCGGUUCUUUGAUGCCAAUAGUGGACAAAAUACGUACACCAUGCUUGCUCACCCCGCUUCCAUCUCGUCGCUCAGCCUCUCGCCCGAUGGCCGUGAGCUUGUCUCCGCCGGCCACGACGCGUCGUUACGAUUCUGGUCUCUUGAGAAACGGUCUUGUACGCAGGAGAUCACGUCACACCGCAUCAUGCGUGGCGAGGGAGUCUGCAGUGUGGUGUGGAGUCGUGACGGACGCUGGGUCGUGUCCGCUGGUGGUGAUGGAGGCGUGCGGGUUUUUGGUCGAUGAUGAUUACCAUGCUUGCGCGAGCUUUUAGACAAGCGAGCUGUGCAACUGACUUCGCAUGUCAAUGCCUGCCCAGGUUACUUGCUCUAGGACGACGAAUUGCGGAGAAAAUAGUACGAUUACCUUACGUAACUUCGACUUUGGGGGCUUGGGGCAUUUAGAACGCCACAGAGACGUGUAUAAAAUAUAGCAUCCAGACCGCUUCAAGGUCUAUGUACGAACAGAAGAGUAAUACAGGGGACGUGCCGAUAGUGUUUUUGGCUUGAAUGCCAUUCUUGCCAUUUCGAUCUUGGUUGCCUCCAUGGUUCUAGUAGGAUUUCCUCUAAGGGUAUACUUUUUGUUGUAAGUAUAAUAACGGUCAUCGAAGGACAUCUCGGUCACGGUUGAACCGGGUUAUCUUGUACGUAGUACAUCACUAUGUAUCAUAUUGGGAAUCGAUGCUCAUCAGGUGGUGUAUCAUGUAC